UAAAGAGGACCAGGGAAAAAAGAAAGAGGAGGACAAACCAAAAGAGGAGAAACAAGAGGAAAACUUGAAACAGCUGGAGAAGACAGAGAAAGAGGAGGAAAAAACAGAAGAAAAGCAGCAGAAGGAGGAGGAAAAGGGGAAGAAAAAGGAGAAGGGGAAGAGCAAAGGAAAGAAGGAGGACAAGGAGGAGAAAAAGCCAAGCGAGGAGCAAGUGAAAGCGCCGAUUGCUGCUCCAGAGCCAGAACUCAAAAUAGAGCCGGACACUGAACAGGCUGCGGAUCUGCAGUCAGUGAGCAGCGCUGAGACGCAGCCUGCUCCAGAGGAGCAAAAGGAAGAGUCGGAGAUAAAGAAGGACCCUGAACCAGCAGCAGAAGCAGCAGCAGAAGAAGAAGACGUGAAAAAGGAGGGCACAGAAAAAAAGGAGGAGCCAGCAGAACAGCAGGAGGUGACCGAAGGAGAGGAAAAAACAGCAGAGCAGGCGAAGAAAGGGAAACCUUCAAAAGAAAAGAAGACGGAAAAGAAGACAGAAGAGGCCAAAAGCCCCAAACGUCCAAAAACCAUGCAAUGCAAAGUCACCUUACUGGACGACGCUCUGUUUGAGUGUGAACUUGAUAAACACGCUAAAGGUCAGGAGCUUUUAACUAAAGUGUGUGAUCAUGUCAACCUGCUGGAGAAGGACUACUUUGGCCUGGCCAUCUGGGAAACCCCGACCAGCAAGACGUGGUUGGAACCCACCAAAGAGAUCCGGAAACAGGUUUCAGGUGGCGUCUAUGAGUUUACAUUUAAUGUGAAGUUCUACCCUCCUGAUCCAGCCCAGCUUACAGAAGACCUCACCAGAUACUUCCUGUGUCUCCAGCUCAGGAAGGACAUUUUGCUUGGCGUUCUCCCUUGUUCCUUUGUCACCCUCUCCCUGCUGGGCUCCUACACGGUCCAGUCCGAGCUGGGCGAGUAUGACCCUGAGCUUCACGGGACGGACUACGUAAAAGAUCUCAGCCUGGCACCCGGGCAGACCAAGGAGCUGGAGGAAAAAGUGAUGGAGCUGCACCGCACUUACAGGUCAAUGAGUCCGGCCCAAGCAGAUUUGCUGUUUCUGGAAAAUGCCAAGAAACUUGCGAUGUACGGAGUUGACCUGCACCAAGCCAAGGAUCUGGACGGCGUCGACAUCACGCUGGGUGUUUGCUCCAGCGGCCUGAUGGUUUACAAGGACAAGCUGAGGAUCAACCGUUUCCCUUGGCCCAAAGUGCUCAAAAUCUCCUACAAACGGAGCAGCUUCUUUAUCAAAAUCAGAGCGUCAGAGCAAGAGCAGUAUGAGAGCACCAUCGGCUUCAAGCUACCCAACUACAAAGCCUCAAAGAAGCUUUGGAAAGUUUGCGUGGAGCAUCAUACGUUCUUCAGGGUUUCAUCAGUGGAGCCUCCAUCAUCCCGUCGUUUCCUUGUCUUGGGUUCCAAGUUCCGCUACAGCGGCCGUACUCAAGCCCAAACCCGGCAGGCGAGCUCCAUGAUCGACCGCCCGGCCCCACGCUUCGCACGCUCCGCGAGCAAGAGGCUGUCGCGUAACUUAGACGGAGCUGGAGAUGAGACUCUCCAGUUUCUGCAGCUGCUCUCUGCGUCAGGCAGGUCUGAGCUUGAUGAUUGGUCAUUGUUGAUGGCUGCAGAGAAAUCCCUGCCUUCUGCUGAAUUUCCAGUCAGAUGGGCGUCCACUGAGUCCUGGGAAGAAGGACAGUCUGUUCACACAGUCACAACAGGCUGGAAGGUCUCUGAGGCCGCAGACGGCGGCUCUCAGAUUGUCAGUGAACAGCAGCAGUGGCUAAAGGAAGGCGAGUGGUCCGACCUUCUGUGUCGUCAACCUGUAGCCGCUGUCCAGACUUUUGAUUUUGUAAAAGAGCAAGCUAAACCGAGCUUGACAUACUCCUCCUCUACGGACCCUCAAUCUGCACCAUCACGGCAGGAUGACUGGUACCUGUACUCAGACCGGCUCUCAUCCGGGUUUGAAGAAAAGGCUGCGACGUCUCGUGAAAUCCAGUCCCAGAUCCGUGUGGAGGAGCUUGUCACAUCAGAGGCUGAAUGGGAAGAGACUACCGAGCAAGUAACUGAGAGACUGCAGGAAUCUGUGACCUUGAUAGAUGCCUUGGAAGAGAUUAAAGAUCUGCAGGGGAAACUGAGGAAAGUGAGGGACUUGGAGGAAAGGCUGCAAGAGGCGGGUGAAGUGACAGAGCUGAUUCAGAGGGUGAUCGAAGAGGAAUUGGGGCAGGAAGAGGUCGAUAGGUUAAGAGCAGAAGAGGGCGAUUUGGAGCAGGUAGUUUUACAGAAAUUUCAGAAGAGGAUGGGGACCGUCGAGGGCGACAUAGACGAACUGGAAGAACAAAUAAAAGAGGUGUUUUUAAAAGGUUUGGUGCCUGAGGAGGAAAACAAACCUGAUCAGUUGGACGAUAGCGUGAGGGUGAAGCUGCGGAAGCUGGAAAAGGAAUGGCAGGAAGGAGUACAGGAAGAGUUUGAGUCUGCGGGUGCUGCUGGUGCCACAUCUGUUGUGACUCUGCAGAGGGUCGAGCAGAGGGGUGGGAAGAGGGUGACAAUUGUGGACGAGCGGGGGGUGUUGGAAAAACAGACUCGGCGAGUGGUUACAGAGAGGCUUGAUUUUGGAAAUCCGGUUCAGGCGGAAAAUGAGGAUGAGUGGUACAUACUGCUUUACCGCCCUCCGCGCCAAGAAGUUCUCAGCCCAUCAGUCUCUGCUGUGGAUGAGAGUACAUAUUCGAGCUCAGUGGAGACGAGACAGGUAGGAGAAGAGCAACCGUCACUCAUGGAAAAGGUGGAUGACUGGUUUGUGUUGCUGGCUGGAACUCCAAGAGAAACCUCCUAUGUAGAAGCAGUAAUAAUGAAAACCGUCCAGAUGGAAGAAGAAAGGUUUGUGUCUGAGGCUGAAGUUUCAGAAGAUUACAAGGUAGAAGUUGAAGAGAGACAGACGAUACAGGAGACUCCAAGAGAAACCUUUGUAGAACGAGUAACAAUGAAGGAUGCCGAGCUGGAUGAAAGAAAGCUGGUUUCUGUAAUGGAAGUUUCAGAAGAUUACAAGGUAGAAGUUGAAGAGAGACAGACAAUACAGGAGACUCCAAGAGAAACCUUUGUAGAACGAGUAACAAUGAAGGAUGUCGAGCUGGAUGAAGGAAGGCUGGUGUCUGUAAUGGAAAUUUCAGAAGAUUACAAGGUAGAAGUUGAAGAGAGACAGACAAUACCAGAGGGUUCAGGACGUCUGGAACCAAUCCAGCCAGUGACUGAGAGGGAGGAUGACUGGUUUGUGUUGCUGGAUGUUCCUUCUAGACAAACUACACUUGUAAAACCAGUGAGUCUGGCAGGUGUUGUCUCCAAGUCCCAGAUGGAAGUUGCCCUAUCUGUCCCGGCUGUUGAUCUGGGAGAUAAAAGAGCGGAGAUUUUUAUUGAGGAUGCAGAAAUGAAACAAAGACAAGCAAAAGAUGACUGGUUUGUGCUCCUUGAUCUUCCAGAUAGGAGAACAUCGUAUAUUCAACCAGCUCCGAUGGCUGAGUCUGUUGAGGUUCUUCACAAAGAAAGCACGUCCAGUGUGACUGUGUCUGAGGAAGUGGAGAAGAGGAGGGAGGUUAUAGUUGAGGAGAUUGUGAUUCAGAAACAGGAUGAGAAGCUUCCAGAGCAGAGAAUAUUGCCCCCAGUAAGCAGCCAAGAUGAUGAUUGGUAUUUGCUGCUGGACAUAGUUACCAAAGUGGAGUCUUAUAUACCUCCAGUUUCUAUGCCACAGCCAACUAAAGUCAGUCCAAGUGUUCCACCUGAAGCAAAAGGUAUAGAGGAAAAGUUAGAUCCAAUUAGUCCACAGCCUCUGCCAGAGUCGGAUGAUGACUGGUACAUUCUGUUUGACUCUGUUGGUGACAAGUCGGUUAUCACACCUACAGUUACCGCGGCUGAGAUUAUACACGAAAUGACAAAGACGUUUGAAGUUGAGGCCAAAGCCACAGAGAUCGCAGCAGACACGGGCGUGAGAACCAUGGAGACGAAAACAUACGAGGAGGUGAUGGUUGGUGCGGCCAGCGGGCCAAACGGUACUCGAUUUCCUAAAACGGGGCCGAGCCAACCCCUGCCGUUGUCAAACAUGGAAGAAGAUGAUUGGCCCGUCAUGUUUGGCAUUACUAAAGAAAAACCCAUACCUGCUCCACCAGUUGCUGAGGUUCAGAGGGUUGUUGAAAUAGCCGUACCCAGUGAACCGAAACCAAAAUCCAUCAUGGAGGAUUUGAGGGAACCUGCAGUGACUUUGGUUAACCCGCCACAACCAAGACAUGUGGAUGAUGAUUGGUUUGAGCUGCUCGAUGUGGCAGCGAAAGUAUCAGUGUCUGUGGAGCAACGUGACCUCCUUGUUCCUGAAGUGAGCAAAACGUUUGUAGCCACAGAGCAGAGAACACAGCAGAGGGUCACUAUAGUGGAUGAGACGUGGCAGGACAGAGAAGUGGUGACGGAGAGUCCCCCGCAAAUAGAAGUGGAGGAUGAUUGGUUUGUUCUCCUGGAUCGGACUCUAAAGACAUCAGUCGCUGCACCUGAACGCCUCAGGUUGCCAUCAGAGGUCAGAGUCCCAGCUGCUGUGGCUACAAGGAUUGAAGUUCCUGAGAAGAAGCCACAGUUUGAGAUGCGGAUCCUGGAGGAAAGGCGUCCACUCAUACAUACACAUGUCACUGAUGAUUGGUCUGUCCUGCUAGAUCAUGGUGCCAAAGAGUCAGUUGUGAGCACGCAGAGGGGCACCCGUCCUGUCAGUGCCCCAGUCUUCUCCCAGGCUGCUCUGGCAGAGGCAGGCAUCCCCAUGAUCCCCUUCGACCAGCCCCAGACCUCCACUCCCAUAAAGACCAGCCGCCUGGAAGAGAGGAAGCUCGAGGUUACGGUGGAGGCAACGGAGCCCUCAAAAAUAGAAGCGUUGUCUGAGGUCAAGCCAGCAGUGUGGAGGGAGCAGAGAGACGUAGACUCUUCACUGAUCUCCACCGUCAAUGGGGACCUUCAGCACGAGUCUGAGACCGAGAAGACGAACGUGGAGGGGGUGCAAAUGCGAAAGAAAAGAGCUAAGAGAAUUGAGGGUGACUCAAUUUAUAUCAGACAUAGCCUGUUAAUGCUGGAGGAGUUCGAUAAGCCUCAGGAGGACCUGAUUAAGCACCACGCUAGCAUCAGCGAGCUGAAGAGGAACUUCAUGGAGGCCGUGCCGGAGCCGAGGCCGAGUGAAUGGGACAAGCGUCUGUCCACGCACUCUCCGUUCCGCACCCUGGGCAUCAAUGGCCAGCCUCUGCCCAGUGCAGAUGGGAGUGUGUGCGUUAGUCCCCGUUUCAAAAGCUCAGAAACAAACACUCUCCAUGAGGAAACCGGCAGUAAUCUCGGGGUGUCAGAGGCACCCGGGCCCUCUGGGAGCCAGCGGACUGAGCCUGAUGGUGUCGAAGCCCUCAGCGCUCCCGUUGAAGAGGAGUCGUGCUGUGACGAGGAGGUUGUGGUUUUUGAGACGCUCUUGGUGCCGCUCGUAGAGGUGGAAAUGGCACAGCUGCCUCCUCCAGCUGGGUCCUCCUGUAAAGCUUUAGAUGAGAUCCAGGAGGAAGAAGGAACAUGUCCUGUAGCGUCUGAGUGCUCUGGGGGAAUAGUUGGAUCUUCCCCAGCUUCCUAUUUCUGGAGCGAUGGUCCGCAGGUCAUACGCAGCUUCCAGCCCCCUCUGGUGCAGACCCAGACUGUCACCAUCGCAACAGUUUCCAACUCCCUGCCCGGUGACAUCUCCACCACAGAGGUCCCCAUCGUCCCAACCAAGACCUUCACCUAUGAGUCUUCAAAGCUGACAGAUGAAGGUACAGAUGAGGAAAGAGAGAGCUCUUUAUCCACUUCCAAGAGCAUUACCUCCGAGGUGACCGGCGGCACCACUGUCACCACCACUACCACCCAGAUCUCAAAGGUGGUAAAAGGUGGAUCCUCAGAGACCCGUGUGGAGAAGAGAAUCGUCAUAACAGCAGACUCUGACGUUGACCAAGAAAAGAAGAAACAUGGCGGAGCGUCAGCAUUGUAACAGAGCCCUCCCUCGUCCCUGUGACUCACCACCUCCAACAUCCUUUAGACCGUGACACUCAACACACAGUCUGACCAAGUCUGUUUGCGCACAAAGGAAAGACAGCAGAAAUCUGCCCCUGAAAGGACUGAUAACACAGUAGACUCCUCCUUUUAGACCCCGUUUGUUUUCUAAGCUGAGCUCCUCACAGUAGGUAGGGGCUGCUGAUCGAAUGCUUCAAAUAUCAUCCUGGUGUUUAGCGUGAUCGCUCGAUUGAUUUAAAAAAAACAGCCUUUAUUUUUUUUUUCAGUUGAGCCAUCUCAGUUGUGUUUGCUUUAAAAUGCUUUGAUUUAUUAUUUUUUUCUCAGUGGUUUUCUGCAGACGCAGAGCUUCAGCUCAGAAACCAUGAUUAACAGUGAUUCCCUUGGUGCUACACGGGGAAAACGUUAAGACCACAUUCAAGUGAACUCUUUAUUUUUUUGCUUUUGUUUACUUGUCUACGAAAUUCAGGAGAGAUUUUUUAUUAUUAUUAUUAUUAUUAUUAUUGAAAUGACAUACCUCACAAUGAAAAACGUGAACAAAGAUAUUCUGUGCUCCAAUUUGAACAGUUUCUUCGGCUUUGUUCACUGCUCAGGUACGAAAAGCGAGGUCCUCAUUCUCCGCUUCCCCAACCAGCAUGGAACCAGUAGCCUACACGUUUUUUUGUAAAGUUUGAACUAAAAAAAAAAAAAUUGAUCUAUUUUCGAAUAUUUCUCUAUUUUAUAAAAGUAUGCUUUUUAUAGUAUAUGUAAUAAUUGUGAGGUUUUUAAGUUAUUCAUAUCCAUUUGCUCAUUGGAUUUGUAGGGGACCAGCUGUUUAAAGACCUGUUCUGCCUGAAUCAGCCUGAAUCAUUCUUAUUAGUUUCCUCUUGUAGUCCACCGAGUUCACCAUACUUUUCACCACUUUACAAAGAAGUGCUCCCCUCAGCCACCAUUUGCUCUUUAUCAUGAGUCACAGCUACCUUUUUACGUACAGUGGCUUCCAAACAAAAACAAAAGAGGAAACAUCCAUGAUCUGCCAGGUUUUUUAUGCUAUAAAAAUUGGACUUUGAUCGACAGUUUUUAAUUAUUUUUCAAUACAUGUAAUAUUUGUCCUGUACAAUUCAGCUGAAAGACCAACACACUUAAAGGGGAAAAAUAAAAAGGCUGCAACAACCUGGUAGCAUGAGUGUUCACACCCUUCAACACUUUUAUGCGAGGUUCUGUUAUUAGUAAUAAUAAAGCAUAAAGGUAAUGUUGUUAUUUGUAAUAUUUGCACUUGUCCAUGCAUAAAGUCUUAGGAUCUUUCAGAUAGUAAAGGCAUCUCUCCACAGCCCUCCUUAGGCGACCCCCGUAGCUUUUCUGUCAGACGUAUUUUUGAACUCUGGAUAGUUUAAGUGAAGCUAUUAUUUUGUUGAUUUACUUUUUUUUUUACGUAUGCUUUGAAUCCCAGUGAUGCUGAAAAGGAAAAUUCCUCUUAAUCUUCAGCUUUCUUGCAGUGACCUGAAGCUUUGGGUCAGCACUGAGUGUUAUUUAGAACCUUUGUGGUAUUGCCCAGCUUUGAGGAAAAAAAGGUAAUUUCCUUCUGAAGAACUGCAUGAUGCUGCCGCUACAGUACAUCACUUUGAGCAUGGCAUUCUUUUGGCCGAUUGUUGUGUUGUUUAGCCUGUAUGCUAAACCUAGCUAUUAGUUUGGGGAGAUCUUAGCCAGGUCUGGGUGGGGUUUUUUUUUUUUUUUUUUGGAAGAAAGGGCUUCUGUCUUUGGGCCACAAUCUCCAAGGGCAACACAUAUCAGCAACGUUGCAGUUAGCUAAAAAGAACCCUCCUCCUUUUUAUCGACCAUCAAACAACCGAUCAUCUGGUUGGCCGUAGAUGCUCCAAGGCUCCCAGCUAUACUUUUUGAACUCGUUAUAUUCAGAAACAAACACUUCUGAUAAAACUAGCCGAGGCUAGGAAAUCUUAUAUGAUCGUUGUGUGUCUGUGUAAAACAACCAUUAAUGAAACUUCCUGCAGCUCCUAUGGUGUUGUCACCCUGACCCGUUUAUCUUUUCAGCAGUUUUAGUGAAAUGUCCAGUUUUCGUCAAGCCCCUGGUGUCCCAUAUUUUCUCCAAUUAUCAAGGACACACACACAUCCAACCAGGUCAUUGCAGCUCUUUGUUUUGUUUUCCUCUAAUAGUUCUUUUUUUCACUUGAAUUAUACAGGAUAUGUGUCACAGUAUGUGUGGAUAAAGGUUUUCUAACAAAAACCUGGCAAUUUAACAGGGGGCUGAAUACACUAUCGAGAGCCAUCGUAUCUGGUCAAUAAGAAGUUUUUCUUGUUUUUGGUCGGCUUAUCUCAGGUUUUGAUGUUCUACAUAAGACUACAGACCUCCUUAUGAUUGUAUGAGGAAUUGCCAUCUAUGUAUAUCCACCUCUGUUGUAAAUGUACAUUCAUGUUGUCCAGUGAGGUCAAUGAAAACUUGUCUGUCACUAUUACCAUACGUGUAAGGGAUGAAGGCAGCUGCCCGAGUACAUGUGGCUUCUUUCUUUUUUUCUGUCACAGAAGCACGGGUUGUCUUUUUUUUUUUUUUAAUGUUCUGCUAUACAGUAAUUUAUUUGUAAAGUCGGAACCGUUUCAUGUGAUUUUGAUGUACUGUGGUGUUUUAACGAGCUUCGAGGCUUCAGGUAGAGAUGUCGUUGUCGCGUUCAUUAUCAAACAAGUUUGUAAAGCCUUUUAAGCCACAUAGUUUUGAUUAGAUUUGCACUCACUUGCUGUUUUCCAGUACCUUUUCUUUUUCUAUAGAGUGGAAACGUUUGACUAACUUUUAGAGAACCUGCUUACUAACAUUUCCUUUUUUUUUUUUUUUUUUUUGUCCUAAAGUCCCAACAGAAUCUGUUGUUAUUGUAGUUCUAUUCAUUAAAAUACCCACAAUCUUCCCCAGGAUGAAAAAAGUUGUAUUUCAUAUUAAGCAAAAGUAGAUUUUAGACAAAGAAACUAUUGUUGCUUUGUGAAUUCUCCCUGUCUUUUUAUGAAGAAAAUAAAAUAUGCAUUCACUUGCA